CUACGCCCUGAGUCUCACCAAAACGAGCCACAAAAACAGCCAUUUCCUCUUGGUGGGGAGGUGGGGGGGCCUUUUCCUCACUGCAGUGGCUGUUCCUGUCCCGGCACUCACAGCUCGGCUCUUCGGAGAGGGACAGGGCAGAGUAACCUCCUCGAGAUACUCCAGACUUGCAGAUCACCUUUGGGAUGACCACACUCCCCUCUGGGUCGGCUUGGCAUUGAGAGGAUGACAUCUGUCACCGUUUGCAGGAUAUUCUGAGGUUUGCACCCAAAGCCAGGCUUUUGGAGCAGCACUGGUUGGCUUGGAGGAUCCAGCGCUCAGCAAGCUACAGCGAGCAUCACAUCCCACUUCUGCCCCACCCCAGCUCAGGCUCUCCUGCCCCGACACUGGAUUCUGUUUGGAUUCAACCCAUCCAACACGGAAUGGACCUCCCUGUCACCCAGUUCACCACGGGACUGGCAUUACUUAUCAAAGUGCAAGAAGGUGGAUAAGUUAACGCUGGGAAGGACCUAACAAAGCUUCUUUGUGUUCUUAUUUUAUGGAAUUCUCCUAUCUACCUCACAAAAUUCUCAUUUCCUUGGUCAGAAAUCCCUCUGGAGUUGACUUCAAGAAUGAACGGUGAUGUCCUCUAGCACCCCGUAACACCCCAGCACAGCCACCAGUUCCCAGCCCAAUUUCAAUGUGCUGCAGCUGACCAGGACCUCGUGUCGUCUGCAAUUAGAGACUGGCAGCAAGCCGACAGUCAGAUAUGACUGUCCAGAAACUGGUAGCCACAGCUGUGUUGGUAGCCCUGGUCUCACUCAUCCUUAACAAUGCGGCUGCCUUUACCCCCAACUGGGUGUACCAAACGCUGGAGGACGGGCGCAAGCGCACUGUGGGGCUCUGGAGGAUGUGCUGGCUGGCAGAGCGGAGCAGAGGGGGUGCAAGCACCAGUGCCAGGCACGGGCAAGGGGAGGAGCAGGAGUGUGAAGCCCUGGGCUGGGGGUCAGAGUCGGCUGGGUUCCAGGAGUCACGCAGCACUGUCAAACUGCAGUUCGACAUGAUGCGUGCCUGCAACCUCAUUGCCACGGUGGCUCUGACUGCUGGCCAGCUCCUCUUUGUCCUGGGGCUAAUGGAGCUCCCCAUCAUCUCCCAGGAUACCCAGUGGUGGGAGGAGGCCAUAGCUGCUGUGUUCCAACUUGCCAGUUUUGUUCUGGUUAUCGGACUGGUGACAUUCUAUCGUAUCGGACCAUACACCAACCUCUCGUGGUCCUGCUACCUGAACAUUGGAGCCUGCCUUCUGGCCACACUGGCAGCUGCCAUUCUAAUCUGGAACAUCCUCCACAGGCGUGAGGACUGCAUGGCACCCCGGGUCAUUGUCAUCAGCCGCACCCUGACUGCUCGCUUUCGCCGUGGCUUGGAAAAUGACUACGUUGAGUCACCAUGCUGAAAGAGUACACUUGAAAGAUCACCAAGGAAAUCUGCAUUGGAGUUGUUUUCUAUAUAUAUGCUAUAAUUUAAGGAUUGCAAGACAUUACAAUGUUCACUUGUUUGGGCAGAGGCCCUUGAUUAUUGGAUGGGCUCCAUCUCUAUACAUAUGUAUAAAACACAUAAUUUUAUAUAUAUAUAUAAAUAUAUAUAUAUAUAUAUAAAAAAUAUUAUAUUGCCCUCUCCUUCUGCUGUACAGCACAGAAUUGUUGGGUUGGCUGCAUGGCAGCAGGGUCAGCUGGAAAAGAUAACAAGUGUAUGCAAUGAGAAUACAGGAAAGAGGGAACCAAACACAUUUUCUCUGUCUGCAUCAAGUUCUCCUGCUCCCUAAAAAUAAAACAAAAAGGUAUAGGAGACCAGUGACAAUAGCUUGGGAGUUAACAUGCAAUCUGAGAAAGCAGAAAACUCACUAUAGACUAAGUGGUGGGUUUAAAAACUGUCUAAAUUUCAUGACUUUCUAGUUCUUCUAUUCACCUCUCUACAAGGAACAAAUUCUCAUUAGCUGCAAUACCUGCUCCCAGCCCCAGAACAGACCAGAGAGUAAAAAGCAAAAGCAACUCUAACUAUUCUUAUGUAAAGAAAGGAAUUGCAGAAGAAUUAAGCUGCACUUUUUUUCAGACAUUUCUUUUGUAUCCUGAGACACAGGUUUGCUAACGUCCUAUGCAUAAACAGACAUUAAAAAUGAGAAUGGUACGCAGCUAGAACAGGCCACACAUGCUGCUGAAAAAAUGUUUCAAUGUUACAUUGAGGGCAAAUGUCCACAGGAGGCUACCUGAACUCCCUAAUAAUCAAAUAUAUUAUUAAAUUGCAUUGUUGGGAACUAUUAUAAAAAAUAAAUAUUCCAGCCCACUUUGGUUUCUUUUCUCACCAGCUAGUUAUAACAUUUGAUGUGACAUUAGAAUGCUAUGGCAGGACACCAGUUUUGCCCAGCAAUGCCCAGAGCCAUAUAACACAGGGAAUAUUGGAGAACAGAGCUGCCACUCAAGCACCCAGACUGGAGAAUAAAAUAAAUAUACAGGACUUCAUGAUUUUGAGAUUUAAAAACAACCUGCAUCAUAGUUUAAUAUGAUAAUGAAGUGAAAAAGUAAUGCCUAUAGAAUUAGGUAUAAUGUUUAUAAGCCUUAACAUGAGAAGCACAUGGCCUCACAAAAGUCAUAUGCAUAUAAUUUUCAGAAAAAAACCCACAACAUAUCAAAAACUCUUAUGCACGAAUACAUGGGAUACAGGAACCUGAGGCAAUGACAGGUGACUAAGUGCUCUCAGAAUGCUGCUCUGAGCACAAUUACUGAUAGGUUGGAGGGACCAUGAGCUGUGAAUGUUACAAAUUCCUCAAGACUGUUUUGUUGCUCCCAGCUGAGUACACUGCUUUGCUUCUUUAUCACUAUUUCCACACUUUUUAAAAAUGUGAUCAUCAAGCUGGCUCUUGAGUUCUGUUCUGCACUCAGUUUGGUUAUGAUAAGAAACUCAACCCCGACUGCUGCUCUGCACCACAUUCCAAAUGACAAACACUCUACAGAGACUGAUGCUCUAGAACAACUGCACUGCUCUAGACUGUCAGGGGAAAUGCCAUAAAGCUGACAAAGAGUUUCUUCUAGCAGUAGGUUUGUAAAAACCAACUAAGAUUAAUAUUCAUCUGCCUGCAUUAAUUUUCUGGGAAAAAAAAAGAAGUCCAGAAAUAAUAUGAUUAAAUGCAGUGGUUCUUAAAAUAAAAUAUUAGAGUAUUUAAGAGACAUGAUAUUAUUUCCUCUAAUAUUGCAAUAUCCAUAUUAUAAUAAUGUACAUGUGAAUUUAAAAAACAGCUAUGUGGUUGGUAAAUCUAUAACACUUGGUAUUGCUGUGAUUAUUUUAGAUGUAUAAAUAAAAUUGUGAAUGUUGAUUUUC